AUGUUGAGAAUUAGUUGUUUCUAUUUUCUUUUUAUUGUUUUUGUCAUCAUUUCUUGGACUUGCUUAUGCGAGUCUCGUCGUCUUGGACCCAUGGAGAAGAAGCUUCAUGUAAAUCGUGAUCACUUAAUUGCGAAGGUAGGGUCCAAACGUCCUAAGAACAACAUUAUCGAUGAUCCAUUAGCGGGAAAGUCCCUUAACUUUUAA